AUGGCGGCUGCUAUGCAAGCAACGAUUGAGGCCCUUGGUCAGCAAGUUAAUAAUGAAAACGAGGGUAACGGCGGAAAUGGGCCGAUGACGUUAGCUACCUUUCUGAAAGUAAACCCACCAACCUUUAGAGGAACCACAAAUCCCACCGAGGCUGAUAAUUGGUUUCAGGAAAUGGAACGAGCUUUGCGAGCACAACAAGUGCCUGAAGAUCAAUGUGUUGAAUUUGCUACUUAUCAGCUGAUGGUAAGGACGGCUAAGGAGCUUGAGCUGCUGCAGUUAAAACAGGGUCAGAUGUUUGUUGCGGAGUACACAAAUAAAUUUGAAGAACUGUGCCAGUUUUUCCGAAUUUCCCAAGGUGCUCCGAAAGAAUUUGCAGAAUGGAAAUGUAUAAAGUACGAGGGAGGACUUCAGAGUGACAUUCUGAGCUCCGUUGGGCCGAUGGAGAUUAGGAUUUUCUCUGAACUUGUGAACAAGAGCCGAGUCGUUGAAGAAUGUGUGAAGAAGGCUACAAUGAUAGAGAAUGAUCACCGGGAAUUCCACCGAAGGGAGCACGGUCAGGGAUUCGCACCAAGGGGCCAAGAGUUUAAGCGAAGAGGAUAUGCUCAACAAUUUUCCCAAGGUCGGAACUAA